AUGCAUGGUCCAGUGUUGACCAUCUCUCUACCUUUCCUUAUUUCUCAAGGCCACUGGAGAUCUGAUGGGAAACAUGUACCCCACACGCUCAGUGCAGCAGUCACUGGAGUUAAAAAUCCAAGGAUCUUUAAAGAAAAGACAUGCACUGGGGAUGCAACUAUAUGUCCACAAGGCUGGAACCGAAUCCAUAAUAAAUGCUUCUUUCGAUUUGAACUUGAAAAAACUUGGAGAGAUGGUCAGGCCAACUGUCUGGCCUAUCGUGGAUCUCUGGUCAUAUUCACCUUCCAGAAUGAAGUGGAAAUUUUGACCCACUAUCUGGGGACUUCUUCCUAUUGGAUUGGACUGAAAAAGCAAAAUGCAAGCCAACGCUGGAUGUGGGCAAAUGGAGAUGCGUUAAAUAACUGGUUCACUAUCGAAGGAAGUGGAAAUUGUGCCUUUAUUUUCAAGAAGGGCAUAAGUAGUGCCAAUUGUGAUGAUGCAAGAAAAUACAUAUGCAGCAGGAAAGGUGUUUGUCCUUAA